AUGCUACUGGAUACAUUAGAACCCUAUUUUGUAUGGGAAUUGUUAACAAAAAUUUUCGAUAUUGUUCUAAAUCAACAAGAAGAUAACAAUUGUAUUACAGCUGGAUCUACUAUAGAACAAAUAUGUGGUGUUAUUGAUAUGUUAUUAGAUAUAUUUUCCUUAGAAAAUCCUCUUGAUACUCAAUCGGAACAUUUAUCUAGAAUGCUUUAUCGUCUUAUAGAAGUAAUGAAUAAUAAUAUUGAAAAAUUGACAUCAAAUCAAAUAACAUUAUGUGUAGAAUUAUUAUUGAAAAUUUUUAAAAAUAUUAUUCCUACUAAUAAAAAUCAUUCUUUAUCUAUAUUUCGUUGUUCAUUUAAUCAACAAUAUGAAACAUUUGAUAAUUAUUUAACUGAUUAUCAUAUUGAAGAUAACAAUGAACAUAUAAAUUUCAUUGAUAAUGAAUAUUCAGCAGAUAUUUAUAAUAAAUUAUUACGAACAGAUAAUAUAAGUCAAUUAGAAAACCAAAAUUUAAUAGUCGAACAAGAAAAUUUAAAUGAUAUUGAACAAUUACUUCGACAGAUGACACGUAAAGUUGAAAAACAACUUGACAAAAUAAAUAAUCCAUUGCUUGAUAAAAAGCAAAGUCGAUUAUCAACAAAAACAAUGUUAGAAUCAAUGAAUAAUAUAGAAAAAUCAAUAGAAUUAUAUAAAAAAUUUUUUCAUCAUUUUAUUAUAACAUAUUUAAUUGAUCAGAAACAAGUAUUAAUGAAUGAUAAAUUUCAAAGUAUUUAUUCUAUUAUACAAAAUAAAACUAAUGAUAAUCUUUUAACAAUUUUUAAUCGAUAUCGACAAUUAAAUGAAUUUCAAUUAAAACUAAAUGAUAAUGUUGAUCAUUAUAUAACAGCUUUUGAAAAUUGUUGUAAAAUUCUUACUGAAUUUUGCUGUUUUCCAAUACAAUCAUCUUUGAAUGACCAGUCAUUUCCAUCAAAAGGUAUAAAUGAUUAA